UUGGUCAACAAACAUGGCGGGAAGCGAAGACUCCGAAAAUUUAUUUCGAAAUCUGGAAGGUGCUAUUUCUCACCAACAACUGAAAGAAUGGAAGAAAAUGCAAAAAUCGUGUGGAAACCUGAUUGUAAAUUCGGACGAGGAGGAAGAUGAAGAAGAAAGUAUGGUAGAGAUGUGUUUAGAAAGUUUAAAUGUGCCUAGUUCAAGUGUUGUGUCAUCAGAUACACCAGGAUCAAGUCAUGAUUUAUCAGCAGUUGGAUCAGAUAUUACACUUCAAUAUCUUACAGGUCAAAUUACGUUUGAAGAAUUUAGUGCUCAGAUGGAAAUGAAACAACAAGAGAAACAGGAUUCGGUAGCGUUCGAUUCAACAGAAGUUGGUGCUGAAGAAGAAGUAUCAAGUGAAGAUUUAAAGAAAACACAACAAAAGGAAAAUCAGGAGAAUGCCUUCAUACCACCAAAUGUUUCUAAAGUUCAAGCCAAAAAAUCUCCAGUAAAAUUUAAGAAGCCACGUAGGAAGAAAACAGACAUACCUAAGAGCUUGCAUGGAUUAAUGGGUGAAGCUAACUUACAGUUUGCUAGAGGGGAACAUGAUGAAGCUAUUAAAAUGUGUAUGGAGGUCAUACGAUUGGCUCCAAAUGCUUACCUACCAUUCCAGACAUUAGGUAUGUUAUAUGAAGAAUUAGGUAAUUCAGCUAAAGCCUUACAGUUUUAUUUGAUUGCUGCACAUCUGUGUCCAGAUGAUUCUGAAGAAUGGGUUAGACUAGCUGAAAUGUCUUUAGAGCAAAAUGACAUCAAACAAGCUAUUGCAUGCUAUGCUAAAGCUAUCAGAUUUGCACCUGGUAAUAUGGAAUAUGUUUGGCAGAAGUGUAGUUUACAUGAACAACUAGGAGAAACUAAGAAAGUUUUAGAAGGUUAUCAACAUAUAUUGAGACUUUUACCUAAAACAGAAGGGGAAAAAUAUCUACAUUUAGCCAGAGAUAUGACAAAGACCUACCAUGAAAUGGGAGAAGAAAAGAUAGCAAUUGAUAUCAUGACAAAAGCUUUUGAAAAUCAUCCAUCACUUCUUACUGCAGAGGACACUAAUCUACUGUUAGAACUGCUCAUCACUCAUCAACAAUUCUUUGAAUCUGUUCAGUUGAUGGUUCGUCAUUGUGAUGUGGAGAUAACUCUGUCUGACCAAACUUGUUGGAAUAAAGAUAACGAUAUUGAAAAAGAAAAACUUGAAGAAAAUCCACCUACAAGUUGUAUGAUACCUGAUCUAUUAGCAGUAGAUCUACAAGCUAAGUUGAUUGUUUCAUUAAUCAGGUUGAAGUGUCUCGAUGUAGUCAAGUCAAUAAAAUGUUCCUUGUUUGAAGAAACUGUUGAAGAAGUUGGAGAUCUAUUUUUAGAUGUAGCAGAAGCCUAUAUGGAAGUUAGUUCACAUCAAGAUGCUAUACCAAUACUGCAAGAUUUAGUCAAGUCAGUUAAUUUUAACAAGGCAGCUGUAUUUUUGAGGUAUGCCGAAUGUUUAAAUUCUAUAGGAGAUUUACAGGCAGCCGUAGAGGCGUAUACUAAAGUAGUAGAAUUAGCACCGGCACAUUUUGGAGCUCGUGUAUCUUUAUCAGCUUUACAACAACAAUUGGGUAAACAUGAAGAAGCUGUACAGAUAUUAUCUAGAGAAGAACAAGAAGAAAGAGAAUUAUCACAAGAAGAUCAAGUUUUACUUCUACAUAAAUCUCAUUUACUCUACUCACAGAACAGAUUCGAGGAAUUUUAUAUCUGUAGUAAAAAACUUCUAUUUCAACAUUUCCGAGAAGUUUAUAGUCCAGCAUUUAUGAAAUUGGUGUUUUCAUACAGAGCACAUAAACACAGAGCAGAUGCAUUACGAGCUUAUAUCAACUUUCAUCAAGGCCAAUCAUCUCUAGAAUCAUUCUUAAACAGUACAUCAAGUAAGAAUACAGCUGACAAAACAGCAGAAGUUACAUCAGAUGAUAUGUGGGGUAUUUAUCUUAAGCUAUGUAAUGCAUUAUUAGAAAGUAAUAGAUUAGAAGAAUUAUUAGAAAUAACAACUCUAGGAUUAACUUGUCCACAGUUUAUGAAAGAUGAAGAAAAAAUCAGGGAAACAGAGUUUAUGUGUCUAAUUGCUUGUAUUUUAAAUAAGAAUGGACAGUUUGCUUAUGGUUUUGUUAAAGAUAUAUGUUUAAAGCAUAAAGAUAAUAAUCAGGCCUGGAAUUUAUUUCAACAAGUUAUAUCCUUUGCUAAUGAUGCCAGACAUAAUAAAUUUGCUUUCCGCUUAUUAAUGAAGAAUCCAGAAAGUAUUCCACUAGGUUUAACAAACGGUCAUAACUGUUUACUGAGUGGAUCUUAUAAAAAUGCAUUAGGAGAAUAUGUGAAUGUUUUAAGACAGAUACCUAAUGAUCCAAUGGUGAAUCUGUGUGUUGGUUUAUGUUAUAUACAUAUAGCUUGUCAGAAGUUUUCAGCUAAGAAACAUUCUCUCUUUGUACAGGGUAUAUCUAUGUUAAAUAAAUACAUAGAACUACGAGGAGAAUGUCAGGAGACUUAUUAUAACAUGGGAAGAGCUUUACAUCAAUUAGAUCUGAAAUAUGCAGCCGUAUUUUAUUAUAAGAAAGCUUUAACGUUUCCUCCUGUUAUAGAUCAUCCUGAUGCUAUAUAUGAUCUAAGAAGAGAGACGGCCUUUAAUCUAUCAUUAAUCUAUGAAACAAGCGGUUCUGUAGAAUACGCCAGGGUCUUAUUACAACAGUACUGUGUUAUCUGAGAUACAAUAUGCACAGACAUGGAUAAAUGAAAUAAAGUGCAAUAACUUGAUACAUUGUGAAUAACAAUAAGAGUUACAUGCUGGAAACACAUUAGUGAGAACCACAUUAGUGACAAACACAACAUCUGUCUGUCAACCUACAGUUCAAGUAUGAUGUUUUUAAAUCUUGCCAAAGUCGCCAACACCACCAACUUUACGUUAUUCAAUCUAGACGUGAAUUCAACAAUGAUUCCACCAACUGAAGAAAAGGGAAUUGAUGCAUUGUUAUAUAUAAUAAUAGUACUCAUGUUCUAUGCCUUCAGUAUUGUAAUACUAAUGGUGAAAUACAUCCGAAGAGAAAGGGAAGAAGCCAAUCUCAGACUUUAUUAUCGGGAGUUUGUGUCACGUGAUAAAUUCCAUUCUGCGCAGUUUGAAAAUAAACAAUAUAUGACACAAGUUCUAAAUUUAACAAACUCUUCCAGUUUUGUUAAUCCCAAGAAAUUAAUCAGUGAUAAAAAAACAGACAGUGAUAAACGUGCACCUACUGUGUUAGUCUCGUCACAACCAGACGCAGAUAUAGUUACAUUAGAAACUCAUGUUUAGUAGUGGGCUACGAGUCCGCUACACUAACAUCAACGUUAAGCUUGCCUUGUUUGUCUAAAAUACCAAAUUAAUGUGGUUAUGUGUAAUGACGGUGCUCAGUAAUUAUGGCACAGGGAAAAAAAAGGGUUAGGGUUUCAAAAGCAACGGUAAAAAAGGGCUAGAGUUGCAAAAGCACCAGUAAAAAGGGUUAGGGUUACAAUGGUUACAAUCACACAGGAUAAAAGAGGUUGCAAUAGCACCAGUAAAAAAGGUUUGGGUUACAAUGACGCCAGUAAAAAGGGUUAGGGUUGCCAUUAUUACCACAAUUUGUGUAGCAGUGUGAAUACAGGAAUUGGAAAAGAGGGUGGGGAUUGAGGUACGCAAAAUAAUGAAUCCUAGUUCAUUUGUUUUUUGUAUCAGUUCAAUUUUUACAAUCUCCUUCACCACAGCAGUAAGUGUUUUUAAAUAAAAUGCAUUCUUUGUGGUGUAAGUGAUUAGCUAAUUAAAUGAUCUGUUUAUUUGCGUUUUACACAGAUUUCUGGAAGAUAGGUUUAAUAUUGGGAGCUUCAUGCAAGAUGUGCACAGAAUUGUUAGAUAUGUUUGAACAUUUUGGGAGUUUUACACAGAAUUCUGGGAGACAUGUUUAAGCAUUUUGGGAGUUUUACGCAAGAUGUGCAGUGCAUCGAAUUCUGGGAGAUAUGUUUAAGAUGACUAUUAACAGACGUAAAUUGGUUAAAAUAUCAGGGUUUAACAGUGUGACCUAUGAAGUUGGGUUCCAUUGACUACACCAAUGCUAAUAAGUCCAACUGUACAGUGCACUCUGUCACAUCCGACAUCGUACGGGAUCAUUACAAUAUGUCGGAUUACGCAGUGUCGGAAUACCCAGUUUUCUCAAAACCAGAAAUAUUGUAACUUCGUAAAACCGGAAGUAUUAUUAUAAUGUAGCUUCGAACAUAGAACUUCGAAUCACCAGAAUUUUAUUCCCUUUAAAAAUGAUAAACCUUUCUGUACAUUCAAAAUUUUAUUACAUUAAUUUUUAAUUCAUUUAACAUGCAUAGGCAUUUUGAAUAGGUCAAGUCUGUCGUUAAUUUAUCUUCUUCACCGUCUUCAGUUGAUCGCACUCUUGUCUUUGCUAUCACGUGUUCAUUGAUAAUGGCCGUACUCGAUUGAACGUUCCGAAUUGAAUUCUCUCAAUCCCAAAAACAGUGACAAUCGAGUGAAAAUGGGUAUAAAUAUCUCAUCCAACCAUGCAGCCGAAACCUGUUCGUCGUGUUUAAUUACGUCACAAUUCUACUCACACCACCUCCGUCGUCGGGACUGACAGAACUGUGACAGGACUGAAUUCUGCGUCACUCAAUUGAAAUUCUGUUAAUUCGGGACGUUCCGGACUGUGAAUCGAGCAUCCCCAGGUCGUCGUCAAAGGUUCGAAGAGAUCCAUAGGGUGACCAAACUUAAAAUAAAUCGGGACAUGAAAAUGGUGUUGGAUGUAACAGAGUGCCGGAGUGAUCAGAGGUCGGAUGUGAAAGAGUGCACUGUAUUUGUUAUGCUUAAAAUAGAAAUUAUGAGCUGGUCUCAGUAAUUAAAUGUUAAGAUGAAAUAAAUUUGAUAUAAAAUAUUGAAAAUCAAUAA